CUGGCCGUCCGUGGAAGGAGUGAAUUCGUUUGACUGAAACCCUUCCUUCUCUCCCGGGUUGCCUGUUUCGAGUGUGACAAAGGCCCUCACAGCUCUGAGGCAGGAGCAGGGAGAUGUGCACUGAGAUGUGGCCCUAACAGGACUGGGCCACUUGGCCGGUGUUGGAUGACAGCGAACACCUGACAGGAGCUGACUUCCGGCUGGGCGCCCAGGUCGUCCCGCAGCGCCUGCUCUGUGGUCCAGCCUCCCGCCCUGCCCCUGCCCCAGGUGACCACAUGACCGGUAGACCUUGUCCUGGGAGCCUGGCAGCAGGAAGUGGCCUGACCUUGGGGCUGGGCUGACAGAGACUGCCGCUCUUACCUGUGUUCUGGGGGAGCACAGCUGCCACUCAUUCAGCUGCUGCAGCCACACUGCCCGCCUGCUGAGGGAAGCUCACCUUGCCCUGGGUCAGAAGGAGGGACACUGGGAGACAGGGCAUAUCACUGUGGGUUCUGAAGCUCUAGAUACCACGGGAAGGCUAGAAAUAGAAAUUCUUGAAACACCAAUCUUUUUAGGCAUGGCACAAGCCAACGGGGCCCCCCAGCCCGUGGCUGCCCCAAGCCAGCUCUACGUGUUCAAACUGGUCCUCCUGGGAAGUGGCUCUGUGGGCAAGUCCAGCCUGGCUCUGCGGUUCGUGAAGAACGACUUCAAGAGUAUCCUGCCAACAGUGGGAUGUGCCUUCUUCACAAAGGUGGUGGAUGUGGGGACUGCAUCUCUGAAGUUUGAGAUCUGGGACACGGCGGGCCAGGAGAAGUACCACAGCGUCUGCCACCUCUACUUCAGGGGCGCCAAUGCUGCUCUCUUGGUGUACGACAUCACCAGCAAGGAUUCCUUCUGCAGGGCUCAGCAGUGGCUGAAGGACCUGGAGAAGGAGUUCCUCCCUGGAGAAGUUGUAGUGAUGCUGGUCGGCAACAAGACGGACCUCGGGGAGAAGCGGGAGGUCACUUUUGAGGAAGGGAAAGAGUUUGCAGAGCGUCAGAACUUGCUGUUCAUGGAAACCUCAGCCAAACUGAACCACCAGGUGACUGAGGCCUUCAGCGCCAUCGCCCGAGAGCUGCUGCAGAGGGAAGAGAGGAAGGAGGGCCCGAUGCCACCACGGGGAGAUGCGCGACUGGCCCUGGGCCGGGGGCCCGCAGGGCAGGCCAAGUGCUGUGCCCGCUAGAAGCAGCCACUCCCAGAGGGGCCGAGGGGAGGACACCCCCAGGCCCAGCCCCAGCUGGCCCUCAGAGCCACUGCCAGCUCUGUGUUGGCAAUGGCCUUAGUUCGGACUCACCAUCGAUGCUGGCUAGUUCCUGAGCCCUAAAGGUGCCCAGAAGCUGGCAUCCCUCAGAAUAGCUACUUCCCAAAGCCGGUGAGUGUCACUCAGGACAGGAUUGGUGUCAAAUGGCUCCCAGAGGGUAUAGGCCCCACGUCCCGACACCCAGACACAGACAGGCUGAUCCCCAAAUGCCCAGGCCAGGUGUGCCUGCCCCUGCCUGGCUAGUCCCCUUUGCGACCUCAAGACACAGAGGAAUGAAAGGGGUCAGAGGGGAAACCGGGAUCCAGACAAUACAGGAAUCGGACCCUAUACCUGGUACUGAGUAAGGGCCCUCCCUGCUCCUGGGAGUGCGGAGAGGAGGAAGCAGGCCCAGGUGGAGGUGGCAGGGCCGGGAAGAAAUGGGGCUGGGCCCAUGGCCACUGGAUCUCAGUGACGUUGCCCCAGGGAGGGGCUGUCUGCCAGACGGCUGUGGGGGGCUCUGUCCUGGCUGUGAACUUGACGAUGCCACACUGGUGCCCAGUGAACGUGAAGACUCAGCCUUUUAGCCAGAGGUGUAAGUUGUACCCUGAUGUGUUCUUCUCCAAAAAUUAAACUGCUUUCUAUAA